AUCCGCCCACUUACGGUGGAGCUCCAUACAGUCCUUCCCCCACUGCAGCAGACAGAACACACCGACAGCAGCAGACAUCACUUCCUCUUUCAUGGAAAAGCUCAUGUUCUUCUGUCUCCAGCAGCUUCUGAAUUCAGAAGUCAUGCAGCUCAUCUCUCAACGUCAUGUUUUCCUGUCAGUCAUGCUCUGAGAUCCGCCCACUGAGGGUGGAGCACUGCACACAUUUCAACUGACUUUCCGUCAGAGCACCGUGGACCACAGUGACCGCAACUGAUGGAAAUUACCUUCGCUUCAAUGGAAAAGUUUCUCUUUCUGUUGGUCAUGUCUCAAGCAGCUGCUGAUGUGGUACAAGUGAAACCUGGAGAUGAUGUCAUUCUGUCAUGUCAGGCUGGAGAUGUCUUCAUCAGAGCUGUAGAGUGGACCAGACCUGACCUGGAGCCAGAGUACGUCCUCUUUUACAGAGAUGGUCGGUCAGAUCCAACCCAGCAGCAUCCAUCCUUUAAGAACCGGGUGCAGCUGGUGGACAGAGAGCUGAAGGACGGAGACGUGUCUUUAAUUCUGAAGAACGUGAGCAGCAACGACGCUGGAACAUACGAGUGCCGAGUUGCAACAGGUCUUUCAAGACAUCAGAGAAUCAUCAUUGAGAGUGAGCCAAUCAGAAUCAUCCAGCUGGAGGUUUCAGCCUCAGGUUCCAGUGAAGACGUCAUGGAGGCAGAUUACACUGUUAACAAUGGAUUGGCUGCAGAUGUGGUACGAGUGAAACCUGGAGAUGACGUCACUCUGCCAUGUCAGGCUGGUGAAGCCUCCAUCAGAGCUGUAGAGUGGAGCAGAGCUGACCUGGAGCCAGAGUACGUCCUCUUUUACAGAGAUGGACUCUCAGAUCCAACCCAGCAGCAUCCAUCCUUUAAGGACCGGGUGCAGCUGGUGGACAGAGAGCUGAAGGACGGAGACGUGUCUUUAAUUCUGAAGAACGUGAGCAGCAACGACACUGGAACAUACGAGUGUCGAGUUGCAGCAAGUAGAUCAAGACGUAAGAAAGCCACCAUUGACAUGCCACCAAUCAGAAUCAUCCAGCUGGAGGUUUCAGGGUCCAACAGCGGAGACGUCGAGGAGGGAAACUACAGUCUUUACUGCGGACUGGGAGCAGCUUUUGUUCUGGUUUGUUUAGCUGCUGUUGGAUUGGCUGUUGGCUGGAAAUAUAAAAGAAAUGCGGACAUGAAAUCAGAACAGUCUGCUGCUGAAGCAGUGGACAAUCAGCUCCUCUGAUCUCUACUACAAUGUUCUCCUUAAGUAAAAUUAAACUUGAACUACUAACUACUUGAACUAAAUCCGAGAGCAGACUAUAUAAAAGUACUUUGUUCAUGAACAGAUUAGCCAGCUUUAAACAGAAAAACGGUCUCUGAUGUCUGAAAUGUCAGCAGACAGAGCGCAAACAGAACAUGUUGAAACCAGGCGGAAAGAGGUCUGUGGGUCUCAGAUCACAGCUAAUCAUACAUUUUAUCUAAAAUGUUGUUGAAGAAAUAAAGUGAGCCAGGUUGAGGUGUGAUGAAGUGUCAGGGACCGAUGAAGACUUCCAUAGCGUUGUUUAAGCCCCGCCGAGGAUAUACAUAUAUAAUUUGUUGCAACUCACAACCCUCAAAACUAGAUGCCACAAAAACCUACAGACUUAACCUUCAAGCAAGACAUACCUAAUUUCCAAAAAGAUGGGACUGUUUGUGAAUGUCAGGGAGUGGUUGUAACACAGUAUUCACAUUCAAAUCAUCUUUGUUUGAGCAAGGGGUCUUGCAGAAAAGUGACCUGUCUGCAGCAGAGCCUAUUUCUGUGCUGGUGUGGCAACAAGAGAUUGUUUAAUUGCCUGGUUUGUCAAAUGAGCAGCAAAACAAGAUUUUUUUCCCAUGCAGUUAGAGAUGGAAAUUGAUCCUGUUAGCUCUGGGUCAGGUUGUGUACUAUUUCUGACUUGUUUCUGGUGCCAAAAUUUAAUGAGCGGGACCCUGAUCCUUUUUUGAUUUUGUGUCACAUUCUGCCUGUCAGCCAUGUUUAAGUUUUGUUGAUUAUCUGUUAUUUUGGUCUGUUGUGUUUUGGGGUUCUGUCUUGUCUGUUUUCCUGUGUCCAGCCCGUGUUAAUUUUGAUUAAUUUUGUUCUUUUUUCGUUACAUUUUUUAUAUCCUUUUUAUUUAACUUAACUUUAUUUAAG